AUGGCAUGGGCGCGUCAAAAAGGGACAAGGGAAGUAAAGUGUGGGGUGGGGGGUCAGGGUGAUAUGGAGAAGAUUCAAGCCAACACGGCUAGUUUCCCAGUGGCCAAGACAAAGACUUCUGAAUGGAGUAUACUGUAUACCCUAACGAGAGAUUCGGUGACCGGUGGCGUUUGCAACUAUGUUGAGCCUCUGACUCGGAAAAAGCAACGUCAAGCCUCCAACGGCGGUGGAAAUUGUUUGAUGUUUGCAGGUCCUACCGUCCUAGCUGCAGCUCUUCUGGCUCCCCCGCGCAAAGCUGUCUUUGAGACGCGCUUGCUGGGAAGUCUCGGACUCAGUGCAACGGUAACGCCGCAUGUUUUUGCCAGUCCCACGUGUGUUGGGUGGCGUUCACUGCGUUGGAAGCCCCCUAUCGUGGGGUUAAGUGCCAUUGACAGCGGCGAACGUUGGCUGAUCAGGGGAAACACAUCGUCAAGAUUCGGGACGAAAGACGAGAAGAGAGACCCAAGAGUUGACGAAGUGCGAACAUGGGACGGCAAGACCAAGACCUGGUUCCGAAUGUAG